CAGGAGUUUGGGUCCCGCCCCCCUUUCUUGUUGCGUGGCAACGCAAACCGCUGACCCUGCGUACCCAGCCGUAGAGGUAGUGACGGAGGACGCAGCAACCUUUGGGAUCCGAGGAAGCAGGCGGGAUGGGAGCCCACGCUUGCUGAGACAAGUCACAGCAGGGUUAUGCCUUCCAGGGCAAGAGGAAGAGUUCAGAGACUGUUGCCUAAGAACAGUCUUGGACUCGAGCCACUUGUCGGCUACUUGAACCUAGACCCAACCUGGGAGCCUCAAAAUUGACACUCGUUGCUAAGAAAGAUGUAUCAGGUAGACCUGUCACCAGAUCCCAAGGAGGCGGCAGCCAUCGAGGCUAGAAGAAAUCAAGAAAAAGAGCGACAGAGCCGAUUCUUCAAUGUGCGGACCCGAGUCAUGGGGGUGGAUGUGAAAGCACUCAACAGCCAGGUGGAAGAGCGAAAGCUUCGAGAGGCAACAGACCAGAGCAAGGAGGCAGCUUAUGGUACCUACCAGGAGCAGUAUGAUCUGGUAGCCCAGAUGCUAGAGAAGGAACAGGCAGAACGGACACGUCGGCUAGCCAAGAAAGUCCAGGAAUUUCGAGAGCAGAAGCAGCAGCUCAAGAACAGGCGAGAAUUUGACCUUUGGGAUCCUGGCCGUCUCUGGAUGGAGUUUCCAGCCCAUCUCAGCCACAGUGAUCCCCCCUGUGGCCCAGCCAGCUUGCAGUACUUUGCUGGGGAGGACCUGGAGAGGGCCACAUGCCUGAAAAUGCAGCAGGAGCAGUUCAGUUACAGUCUGGAGAGGCAGCUGCAGGAGCAACAGCAAGUCAAGGCCGAAGAGAAAUGUGCAGAUAUGCUCAAUGACCAGCUGCGCCUAGCUGUGGACAUGCAGGCUGCCCAGUUGGCCAAGCUAGAGGAGUCCUGUCGCAUGGCCAUGAUGUCUGCCAUGGCCAACGCCAACAAAGCCCAGGCAGCUGAACUGGCUGAGCAGCAGCGCUGUGAGCAGCAACGCGAACAGGAGGCCAACCUCAUGGAGAUCCAGAACCAGAUCACGAGUGACCUACUGACCGAGAACCCCCAGGUUGCCCAGCACCCUGUGGCUCCCCACCGGGUCCUGCCCUAUUAUUGGAGGGGCAUGACUCCAGAGCAGAGAGCUGCCAUCAGGAAAGUCCAGGAGGUGCAACGCCAUGAAAAGGAGGCACAGCGCCAGGCCGACAAAGCACUGGAUGCCGAAUGGGAAGGCCAGGCCUUGCACUUGGCCCAGGCAGCAAUGGAGCUGGAGGAACAGGAGAGGGAACUUUGUGCUGAAUUUCGAAGGGGGCUGGGCUCCUUCAAUCAGCAACUGGCUAAGGAGCAAAAAGCCCAGCAGAAUUAUCUGAAUUCUAUAAUCUACACCAAUCAACCUACGGCCCAAUACCACCUACAGUUCAACACCGGCAGCCGCUGAGCUCAGCAUGCUCAUCUCUCUCUCCUCCCUCCUCAAGCUCAUUAAAAGCUGGGAGUCAGAGAGGAGAAUGCUGCAGGUCCCCUCCCCCAACCCCUUCCCCCACUAUCCCUACCUUUGACCCUAGGUAAUAAAGUUAUUCACUAAAAUCAAGGCCCUG